AUGCGAAAAACAAAAGUGUUUCUCUUGAUUUUCGCCCAUUUUCGAGUUUCGAAUGGCGACGGCCUUCCCGCGAAUGGGCACACGAACAUCGGUGAAGGAAUGAAGGAAUAUUUCAAGGAUGUCUACCAGCUUGGCAAUCACAAGAAAUACUUUACGAAUCCGAUCGUGAAUGAGGAGCUUCAUCGAAUCGCGAAAACAGCCAAGUUAGUAGCUUUGCAAAAGGAUUACACUUUUCACAAGUUCUUAAAACAGAGAGAAAACGACGUCAAGCUCGUUAAGGCGACGAGAUGUAUUUUGAGAAGCUCAUUUUCCUGUGCUAAAGACAUUCGAAAGUUCAUUCGUUCCAAUUGA